AUGGCUAAAAUCAAAGCUCAAUUUUCCACCAUCAUCAAAUGCAUAUUUGGUCUACGCUUAUUUGACAAUGUGGGAAAACGAAAAGUUUGGCUAGCCCCAAGUUCCAAGAUAGACAAAAAUGAAAAAUAUGAGCUUCGAAUUAGAUUUAAGGUUUCCAGUUUAUCUCGCCUAUUCAAUAUUGAUCAAAACGUUUAUGAUUAUUUCUUUCAUCAAGCUCGAAGAGAUAUAUUGAGUAAUGAUGUUGCUGAAAUUAAUUACACAGAACAAAAAGGCGAAUUACUUGGCCUUAGUGUAACUGAUAUGUGUCGAGAAAUGAUUGAACAUAAUUUGUCAGCAGAAGAAAUAAAAAGAAAUUUUAAAAAAUACAUCCCACGUGAAAUAGUAUAUGAAAAAGAAUAUUUAAAACAGCUAGAUAAAAUGGCACCGAACUAUUUAUCAGAAGAAUAUGUAGCUACUGCAGAUACUGGUGAAGCAGUUUUUUUAAGACUAUCUCCGUAUCAUUUGGAGUUUCCUGGACUCCAAUUUCAUACACAUCUGGAAAGAUGUAAUUAG